AUGUCUUCAUCUUCGCCAUCAUGCAUCUUAGUGAUUGGAGCUACUGGAAACACUGGUUCAUCUGUCGUAAAACAUCUCUCGGACCUUAUCACCUUAUUACCAUCCACAAUAGAUCAGCCUCGUCACAUCAUCGCACUUACUCGCAAUGCAAAAAAGCCGACAGCUAUAGAGCUCUCUAAACUGGAUCAUGUAGAAGUUCAAGAACUGGACUUAUCAUCAGUUGAUAGCUCAUGGUUAAUCGCCAAAAACGUAGUUCGCGUCUAUGUGGCUACACCUAAUCAAACCAGUCAAUUCGUAGACGAAAGUCAAUUCUUGCUCGUUUGUAAAGAAGCGAAAACAAUACAAUAUUUGGUUAAACUAUCUACAAAUCCGCAUUUCAUUACUGCCGAUCAUCCAAUUUAUUAUGGACGAAUUCAUUGGGCACUCGAGCGUAUGUUAGAAGAAAAAGAAUUCAAAGAACAAGUCAACUGGACGAUAUUAAGAGCCAAUGUUUUUGCCACUGGACUAUUAUCACCCUCGAUUGAAAUGUGGAAGAAGGAUAAAGACAAACCUAUGGCUCUAUUGUUAGAUGAACAUUCUCCACUAGCACUCGUUCAUCCUGCAGAUGUGGGAGCUGUUGCGGCCAAACUACUAUCUUUAACAGAUCCUUCACCACAUUUUCACAAAACUUAUACUAUCUCAGGUCCUGAAGAUGUUACCGGCAAAGAUAUCAUUUCAUACGUAGAAGAAAUCGUGCAGAAGAAGAUAGAUGUUGAAUAUAAAAAUGAGAAGGUAUUCAAAACUGUCAUGGAGUCUGACAAAUAUCCAGAGAAUGUAUGGAAAUCAAUGGAAAAAGGUCAUAAGAAGAAUCUAUGGACAGGGCAAUCACGACUCGCAAAUACGAAAACAAGCGAUGAGGUUGUCAGACUAGCAGCACCGCAUUCAACAGUCAAACAGACCAUUCAACACGCUUUGCAAGGUUAUUUAUCUUUUUGA